AUGCGAAAAAUUCAUUGUUGUCGAUUUUCAAUAUUAUUCAGAAUUCUCUUAAUUAGUUUUAUUAUUUUAACAACGUUUACUUUUAUAAAACAAGAAAUUUUUAAACCAAACAAUUGCCAUGGAUUAGAACAAGAUUCAUCAGUACCAUCAUCAUCGAUUCCUUCACGUUAUUUACUGAUUCCGUAUCGUGAAUUUGCUUAUCGCACAUCAAUCUCUUGUAAUGCCUAUAAAUUUGAUGAACCAAACAAAGAUUUAUCUCGGCUUCAUCCAAAGUAUUCUCAGUAUCUGCGUGGAGAAUUUCCAUAUGUUAUACCAUAUACAAAUAUUACAUAUGAAGAUGUAGAAAAUUUUUAUAAAAGAAAAUUAAAUAAAAAUCAACGUGAAAUGAGACAAAUAUCAUUCGCUUCGAAUAUACAAUUUGAAAAUAUACCAUAUAAAUAUGAGAAUGGAAUGUGGUCUCCUAUCGGAGUUACAUCAGCACAACGAACAGUUAUAUUAGUACCAUUGCAAGGUCGAGAUUACAAUGCUAAAGCAUUUCUCUUGAAUAUGCAUGCUUUUGCUCGACGACAACUUCUUACAUAUUUGAUUGUCAUUAUUGAACAAGUUUAUCCAAUCAAUUCUCGAUUUAAUAAAGGCCGAUUAUAUAAUGCAGGUAUUCGUUAUAUUCAAGAAAACCAAGAAAAAUUAAAUAUCACAUGUUUUAUAUUGCAUGACGUUGAUUUAAUACCUGAAAAUGAUGGAAACUUCUAUUCGUGUGACUCUAAACAUCCUAAACAUACAACAUUACGAAUUCGAAAAUUGAACAGUACACGUGGCUAUUCACGUUUUUAUGAAUUUCUAAUCGGCGGAGCACUUGUUUUAACAUUUGAUAUGUAUAGACGAGUAAAUGGUUUUUCAAAUUUAUUUUGGGGUUGGGGCGGAGAAGAUGAUGACUUAGCAUUACGAUUUAUUCAACGACGAAUGUGCGUUGUACGACCAAGUUCUGACUUAGCCCAUUAUAUCGCAUUACCUCAUCCAGGCGGCCAAAGCAAUAAUGCUCGCUUCAAAUUAUUAACCUGGUCAACUGUUCGUCUUGAUACAGAUGGUUAUAAUCAGAUUGACUCAAUGACACGUAUUGUUCAUAUAAUAAGUACAUCAACGGUUCUUCAUCUUAAAAUAGAUGUUGAUGCUAAUCAUCUUUAUUAUAAAUCGGCAUCGAUAGGAAAUUUUCAGUUGAUAUAUAAGAAAACUUAUGCUGAUUUGACAACAACUCGUGAACUUGUUACGAGAAGUGUAACCAAAAAAUCCACGUCGAUGUAA